AUGUCUCAGCUCAAUAUUGCUUUGAAGAAGAAUACGAUGAGGAAGAAUAAGAAAUUAGUUAUAAAUAUUGCUCCAAAAAAAGAAGGUCUUGCUUCAAGACUUGAAGCUGAUCAGGAACUUGGUUCUUCAAGAUUUGAUGAGAAAAAGAGGCUUGAAUCAUCAGAGAGGCGGAGAGAUGUGGUUCAAAGGGUUUGUUCCAAAGCUGAAGAGAUUAAUGAUCGUCCUAGCGCUAGAGAUGGAGUGAUGCGUGAGGUUGAAGUCGGUACAGGAUUAUUCGGCGCAUUAAAACUACUUAGAGAGCAAGGAACUUUCAAGGAGAAAAGAAAGCUUGUAGGUGUUAGGGCCAAUAAUCAUGAAGACGACAGAUUCAGAGAUGCUUUCAAGGAUAUUCGGAUUGACAGGGUUGAUGAGCAUGGCAGGAUAUUGUCUACGAAAGAAGCGUAUCGGGCACUGUGUCACCAGUUCCAUGGGAAGAAACCUGGGGCGAGGAAGCAAGAGAAACGGAAGAGGAAACAUGAAGAUAACCCAAAACACAUAGAAUUUGCAUAUAGAGCUGUGCAAAGACUGAGACAAAUUCAUGCAGAAUUGAAGAGUCCUUACAUUGUUCUCUAA